AUGGCGGCGAGUAGGAGCACUUUACCUCUCAUCAAAUACCUGAGAGUGCGCGUGGACGCUCUUCCCCGCAACUCUCAUUCAACCCUCGCUCCCACCUUCUUCCUCCGCCGCUUCUGCGAAGAGGUUCGUGGCUGCUUUCUCGACAAGUCCGAGGUUACAGAUCGCGUCAUCUCUUGCGUCAAAAACUUCCAGAAAGUCGAUCCCGCCAAGGUUACCCCUAAUGCUCAUUUCCAGAAUGACCUUGGAUUGGAUAGUUUGGAUGCAGUAGAGAUUGUUAUGGCUCUUGAGGAAGAGUUUGGGUUCGAGAUUCCUGAUAAUGAGGCUGAUAAGAUCAACUCUGUUAAACUUGCUGUGGAUUUCAUUGCAUCUCAUCCUCAGGCAAAGUAG